AUGUCGCAUUCUGGAUCCAAGCUCGAAGUUGAAGACGAGGAGAACAGGCAGCAGAGGAUAGGUAACCUCCUCGAGCAAUUGAACAGCUCUUCACCAUCUAGGAAUACAUCCGAUGGUGCUCCACCAACUUUCGACUUUGGUGAGCGAAAAACAUACGCAGUAGACCCUCCAAGCGAACUGCUCGCACGCAUCCAAGACUUCCUCCCCCGCCUCAAGGAAGAGAACGACUCGCUUGCCCAGCGUAUCCGGGACAACCCAUCGAGCGUAGAUAUCGAAAAUAUCGAAGAGGACGCAGAGCAGUACAUCGAAAUGGCACGUCCUAAUCCCAACCAUUCCAAAACACAAAAAACUCAUGAUCUUUUUCAUAGAAUCUCGGAUUGGGUGUGUUGGAGACGCGGCCCAAGGAUUCAGACUCUUAUUCAGACGAUGAAGAUUCCGAAAGCGAAGAUUCGUCAUCGUCAUCGUCAUCGUUCUCGUCUUCUCCCUCACCCGACUCAUCCUCCUCAGCAUCAGACUCAGAAUCAGACGGGUCAGACUCAGACAGCAUUCCAGACUCAGACUCUUCAUCGAUUGGCAUAA